AGUCCAAGAAGCGGGUGAAAAAAAAGUGAAAUAUCUAGAGGAGGAAGAAGAAGAGAGAGAGUAACAGAAAAAAAGCUUUUCGCUCCGUACAAAUGGCGCCGAAGAAGAGUGACGGAGAAGGGAAGGCGAAACCUACGACGGUGACUACGCCGACGAGGCAGACUCGCAGCAUGGAUCGGAAGACUCGGAGCCAAACUCAGCGUGACUCGUCCGGUGGCGGUGGUUCUUCCUCCUCCAAGCUCUUCACCUACGAGUCUCCCGAGAAGAAGAAAAGGAAGCCGAAGGCCAAGGACGCUGGACCGGCGACUAAGAAGAUCAAGCAAGAAAAGGACGACGAGGCCAAGAAGGCGGAGGAAGAUGACGACGACGUCGCUGCUGCUGCAACGGAAGAAGGAGACGAAUCUAAGAAGCCGGUGGAAGACGACGACGACGACGACGUCGCAGCUGAAAAAGAAGAAGAAGGAGACGACGGCGCUGAGCACAAGAGGAUCGAAAUCGAGCACUGCAAACAAUGCAAAUCUUUCAAGGAGAGGGCCAACGAGCUGAAGGAUGGUCUCGAGAUUGCUGUUCCUGGCAUCAUUGUGACUAUGAAUGCUGAUAAGCCAAGGCGUGGUUGCUUUGAGAUUCGUGAGGAAGGUGGUCAGACGUUUGUCAGUCUCUUGGAUAUGAAGCGCCCAUUUAAGGAGAUGAAGGAUCUUGAUAUGGAACAGGUCAUUGCAGACAUCGUAGAGAAGCUUAAGUGACAGACUGCAGCUAGACCAAUGCCGAAUCUUUUGUAUCUCUCUUCGGCCCUCGGCAAUAUUAUCAAAUAGACUUCAUCAGUAUGAGCAAUUGCUGGAUUUUUUUAGGAUUUAUUUUGAUACUUUGGUGAAAACCCUUUAAGCUCGGUUUCAUCAUUUUAGCAGUGCUUGAUCAGUUCUGUGCAGUUUCAUUAUGCUAAAACUUUCUGAUAUUGGUUGAUUUGAAAUGAUCCCAUGAAGCAAUUUGGUUGCA